GGGGCUUAAUGAAAAUGGCGGAUUACGCUGCAGAAGCUCCGGCGGCUCUGGAUGUAAACACUUCUGGAAAUGCGACAGACUCCGCGAUUGCGUAUUUACAAGACGAGAAGCCUGACGCAGACAUGACUCACCUGAACCUUGGAGAACUGGACCUCACCACUGAUGAGUACAUCCUCGAUGAAGUGGACAUUCACAUUCAGGCCAACCUGGAGGACGACCUGGUGAAGGAGGCGCUGAAGACGGGUGUUGACCUGCGACAGUACUCCAAACAGGUGGAGGUGGAGCUGCAGAGGAUCGAGCAGGUGUCCAUCAGAGACUACAUCAAAGAGAGUCAGAACAUCGCUCUCCUGCACAACCAGAUCACCGCCUGUGACGCCAUACUGGAGCGUAUGGAGGGCAUGCUGAGCGGCUUCCAGAGUGACCUGUCGUCCAUCAGCAGUGAGAUCCAGACGCUGCAGCAGCAGUCCGUCAGCAUGAACGUGCGUCUGAAGAACCGUCAGGCCAUACGCAGCCACCUCAGCCAGCUGGUGGACGAGCUGGUGGUUCCCGGAGCCAUGAUCUCCACCAUCCUGGAGAGUCCGGUGAUGGAGCAGGACUUCCUGGAGCAGCUUCACGAGCUCAACAACAAGAUCAACUUUGCCAAAGAGCUGAGCUUUAGAGAGACACUCGCCUGCUCCGACAUCCAGGACAUUGUCGACCGCCUCAAAAUCAAGGCCGUGUCGAAGAUCAGAGAGUUCAUCCUGCAGAAGAUCUACUCUUUCAGGAAGCCGAUGACUAACUACCAGAUCCCUCAGAACACUCUGCUCAAAUACAGGUUUUUUUACCAGUUCCUCUUGGCCAACGAGAGGACGGUUGCCAAGGAGAUCCGAGAUGAGUACGUGGACACGAUGAGCAAGAUUUACUACAGUUACUUCAAGUCGUACAGUAGCAGGCUGCUCAAAGUGCAGUACGAGGAGGUGGCGGACAAAGACGACCUGAUGGGAGUGGAGGACACGGCCAAGAAAGGUUUCUUCUCCAAACCUUCUCUGAAGAGCAGGAACACCAUCUUCACCCUGGGACAGCGAGGAGCUGUCCUGAGUCCAAGUGAACUGGAGGGACCAAUACUGGUCCCACACACUGUACAGAGAGGAGACAGCAGAUAUCCGUAUGAGACGCUGUUUCGCAGUCAGCACUACGCACUGCUGGACAACGGCUGCAGAGAGUUCCUCUUCCUGUGCGACUUCUUCAUGGCUGCAGGAAACUCCGCCCUCGACCUCUUCAACAGCAUCAUGGGCAAAACGCUCAGCAUGUUUCUGAAAAGUAUGUCCACGUACGUCUCUGACUGCUACGACAGCAUCGCCGUGUUCCUGUGUAUCCACAUCAUCCUGAGGUUCAGAGCCAUCACCGCCAAGAGGAACAUCCCCGCCCUCGACAAGUACUGGGACGCUGUGCUGGAGCUGCUGUGGCCGAGGUUUGAGUUGAUCCUGGAGAUGAACAUCCACAGCAUCAGAAACACAGACCCUCAGAGACUGGGAGUACUGGACACCAGACCCCACUAUAUCACUCGUCGUUACGCGGAGUUCUCGUCAGCCAUCGUCAGCAUCAACCAGACGUUUCCUAACGAGAGAACCAACGCUCUGCUGGGACAACUGCAGGUUGAAGUGGAGAACUUUGUCCUGAAGAUGGCAGCAGAGUUUCCCUCCAGACGAGAUCAGCUCAUCUUCCUCAUUAACAACUAUGAUAUGAUGCUGGGUGUCCUCAUGGAGAGGGCAGCAGACGACAGUAAAGAGGUUGAAGGUUUCCAGCAGCUUCUUCUGGCCAGAACACAGGUGAACCAAAUCUCUUUACCUCGUCUUUAG